AGUUUUUACAACGAAUCCUGGUUCUGGCGCGCGUGCUUUUCAGUCUCCUGUUUUUUCCAUUUUAACUUUCCCGCUGCUUUCUCUCAGCAGCUGUGAUAGAGAAGCAGAAUUUUCUCGGGAAAGUGACCUUGAACCUCUCCCCCCACAAAUCUUCUAGCAUUUCCUUCCUCAUCGAAGUCCAUGAACUCCCGUGAACUCGCUCUGGUCUCCACGGCCACUGUAUUAGGUGCUUUAGCAUCUGCACUUGCUUUCCGCUUCUUCCUCGUCCCCAAAAAUCACUUUUCCAGAACCAGUUCCUCACGGAACGGCGUCGUCUCGAAUAAAAGCACUUCUCGUAGCCCCUUCGAUCCCUCCAAACGCGACGGAUAUCUGUCAUGGGAUGAUUAUUUUAUGGCAAUUGCAUUUUUGUCAGCUGAGAGAUCCAAAGAUCCUAACAGGCAGGUUGGUGCAUGCUUGGUGAGUCAAAAUGGUGUUAUUCUCGGGAUUGGCUAUAAUGGAUUUCCGAGAGGCUGUGCUGAUGACAAGCUUCCUUGGGCAAAGAAAUCUAAAACUGGGGAUCCUUUAGAGACAAAGUAUCCUUAUGUUUGUCAUGCUGAAGUCAAUGCUAUCCUUAAUACAAAUCACGCUUCUGCUGCUGGGCAGAGGCUUUACGUGACCAUGUUUCCUUGCAACGAAUGUGCCAAGAUAAUUAUUCAGGCAGGUGUUUCUGAAGUUAUAUAUUUUGUGGAGAAGAGGCUAAGUAAUACAGACAUUGCAUAUAUAGCAUCUAACAAACUACUGUCAAUGGCCGGUGUAAAAGUCAGGAAACACCAACCCCAGAUGAAUGAUAUUUUAAUCAAGUUUGAGGAGCCCUAGUUUUCAGUUUUCAUUUAGAAUAUAUAUCUUCUAACGUGAUCAUCACUUGUAUUUUAUGCCCACUAGACUCAUCGACUCAUCUUGUUCUGCAAGUCUGUUUCUGAUUGUUACAACUUACAACUUAGAUUUUUCUUGCACAUCCUUUGUUCAAUUUGAGUUCAAUUAUGGAAUAUAAUCACUAAAAGACUUUUGGCA